GAGGAAAUAACACCUCCGCUCAGUGCUGUGUGGGUGCCGGUCAGAGCGGCCACUUCUAUCUCUUACCUGUAACUGCUAAUUAGUUAUUAGGCACAGGGUGAAGGAAAGGUGCCUGUGUCCCCUCUGCCCAGCGCCAACAGCCAUCAGAGAUCCACUGGGGGAAUGGGAGUUUAUUUCUACUGGACCCUGGCGCUUCUUUAUCUUCAUAAAACUGUUUUACAUGCACAACCCUGUGGCCCCACCAUAAACGUGAGCGUUACAGAGGGAGAACAAGUGUUUCUACAUGUGAAUAAGACAGACAUCAUCAAUGUCAGCUGGGACGUGAGCAAUGGAACCUCUGAGAAUUUCUUUGCUAAGAUGCAGCCGGGCACAUCUAUGAAGGUCAUCGCGGAUAAGUACAGAGGGAGGGUGCAGGAAAUGGGCAACAGUUCCUUAUUGGUUUCCAAUCUGAGCCUGCGGGACUGGGGAACCUACAAGGCAAAUGUAUUCAGCAACGGUGGAGUGUGCCAGCAGAGCUAUUAUGUCCGAGUGUAUCGAAGCUUAUCUGCUGAAGAUAUCGAUAUUGAGUACAACAUGACCAGCAGGGAAAGCUGCAAUAUGACAGUAACAUGCAGGGUAGAGGGGCCGGACACAAGGCUUGUGUGGAACGGCACGGCUAUAGGAAGGGCAGGAGCGGCACAGCAAACCCUCCAUGUGUAUAAUGCUGAGCCCCAUAUGAUCUACAGCUGCACCGCCCAGAAUCCUGUGAGCAGAGCCACCACCUCUCUAACUCCCUGGGCUCAUUGCCUGCAGGGGAAAUCUGAAAGGAAUUACAUUGUGCAGAAUAUAAUAAGGCUGGUACUGUCGGGCUGCAUCCUCAUCGCUGGUGCCUGCCUGUUUGCCCACCAUGUGAAGAGAGAAGGUGCCGGAAACGGAUAAUUAGUCUGUGAUGGGGAAGGGGUGGAUCUUUUUUGGCAAUGGACAAACUGCCCAAAUUGGCAUUGUCAUGGUGAUGAUGGUAUGGGAGAGUAUGUACAGCAAAGGGAACAGAACAUUUUGGCCAUGCCACUGAUUAUGCAGGGCCAAAUCCAUUUUUACACUGGUAUUUGUGGUGGUUUUGGUGGUUUGGGGGGUAAUCAUUUAACUGUGUGUUUGUUGAAAUAAUUCUCCAUUUAUUUUGCUAGGGUCACUGAGCUUAGAAACCAGGGCAAUAUAGAACCAAUAGGAAUAGGGCAUGUUCAGUGGGGGUUGCUGAUACUAGCAACUAUUAUAUUUUAUUUGGCAUUUGUUAUUUAUUUUAUGUUUGUUUUGUAACUGUUAUUAUGGAACUGAAAAUCUGGUUAUCACGUUCACACGACCAUCAGACCUAUCUGAUUAUGAACCUACAAUUGUAUUGCUAUUCUUAUUUUUGUAUUGCUUUUUCUUCC